AUGGCGCAUUCACCACUCUUCCGCACUUUGAUGCGGUCUACUCUGGACACCCGGUGUGUCACCCUUACUGAUUAUGAGUUAGACACUGGAGAACAUUGCACUGACAACGACCGACGAGUCGUGUUUGAAGCGAGUGGCUGGACCAACUCCCGCCCAUCAUACGAGGACGGAUCAGCAGAGAAGUCUCUGCAAAAGCAAGCUGCAGGAGACUUCGCAGAUAAGAUCAUACGAGACACUCUGCAAGAGAGCUCGAACAACAGAUCUCAGCAUUACAUGGCAAUGCGCGCCAUGUUUGAAGAGGUGCUUCCUCUGAGCGACGCUAGGAUCCGACUCGCCAUAGCUAAUACUGGUUUCGCUCACUGGCAAUCUCCAACGAUUAUCGAAUGUCUGAGAUCCGAGGACGACCGCUCCGAGGUUGUGACCUGUGGCCGGGUAAGUUUGGGCGAGCGAGGAAUCAUUGACAGAAGACUGCUACAUACAGAACUCUCGCCAGCGUUUGUGCCCAAGCCCCAUGUCAUCAACGAGAGAAAGCGACUGGAGGGCAAGUAUACCCGGUUUGCUGCUUUUGUCGCUGAGCAGAGGUCGGUACCUUUCAAGCAGCGGAUCCUUCUCCCAGGCUCACGACUCGAGACUUCGGAUGAUGGGUUCCUACCGGACCGGAGUGUUUUCUCUACUACCGAACUAAGUGAUUCAGAAGAUGAGACCGAGGGGAGUGUAGCUGCCCAUGAUAUCGAGCGUACUGAAGACACGGAAAGGUCCACGAAACUGUACGACUGCGUUGUUCACGAUCAGAAGCAGCUGAACGAGCAGGCCCGAAACCUAUUCAGUCUGCUGCUGAAGAGAUUGCCUCGUGUAGAGUGUCCUUCAUGGCACUCAGUCGCCGGAGCAGCGGCUGAUGAUGCUAGGUUAAGAUCGUACGAGACCUAUGACUUCAUGUUACCCUUUCCAUUACCUGAAGACACUGGCGAUGAAGUUGAAGUUCUGGCUUCGAAAGAUGCGCUUUUCGUCGAGGAACGUUACCGAUAUAUGCAUAGCAGGGUCUACGGGGACAAAGCAAGUGAUUGCGAGUUGGUUCGUGCUGUGCAAAGGCUGGAAGGCUUUGGGCAUGCACAUGGAGCAUUAAGUACCUGA